UUUCGAGUUUCAUCCGCAGCCCAAGUGCAAAAUAGGUUUAUCAAUUUAAUUUAAGUGUUAAAGUAGUUCUAAAGUGUUUUUUUAAGUUGUGAAUGAAAACAGCUUAACUGGGGCCAGUAGCAACCGUAGUCCGCGUCGUUAAUCUUAAUAAUUCCCCCGAUAUAGCUCUCCAAUCGAUUGGAGGAGUGUUUGUGCUCAAUAAAGUGCGUUCGUGUUUGCCUUUUGCAGACGGGGAGUAAAGUACAAAAAUACAUCAUUGCCCGCUGCGACAGAAGCUGCACUCGCUCAUCCCGCUAGAAUCGCUAGCAUCGCUCUCUGAGGAGCUCCCGACGGAAGCCCAGCCCCAACAUGCAGCACAAUGUGCACACCGCCAGACCGGCGCCCCACAUACGCGCCCAUCACCACACUCACGGCCACACUCACAUGCAGAUGCAUCCAAGCUUGGAGCAGCAUCUGGCAGCCGCGGCAUCAAUGGCCGGCGCUCCCCAGGUGCAGCAACAACAGCAGCCGGCUCCACACCGCGAUCACCAUCAUCCACGACUGAACCAUCACCAUCUACACGCACAGCAGCAGCAGACGUCGUCGAAUCCUGCCGCCGUUGCCGUGGCGGCUGGACCUGCCUAUCACCACAACAGCAACAUCAGCAGCAGCAGCAACAACAACCAAAUGCAAAAGAUCCGACAGCAGCAUCAGCAUCUCAGCACCACUAACGGGCACGUGGGUAAAUGCAACCAGCCUCUGCCGCAGGCCUACAACCCUCUGGCUGGCAAUCCGGCUGCUCUCUCGUACAAUCCGCUGCCGCCUCCUCCGCCGCCGCCGCACCACAUGGCCACCCACAUCGGCAGCUAUGCAACCUAUUCGCCCCACUACUACCAAAUGAGCCAGCCCAAGCCGCCCUCCAAGUACAACAACAACAGUGGCGGCCACUACAUCCCCAACAGUGGCACCAGCAACGGCUAUGCCCCCAAGGCCAUACUACAGACAACAUAUCGCAAUGCCAAAGUCGCACCAGUCAUGGCCCCAGCAAUGGUCCCCGAGGCAGUGGUAGAAGCAGCAGUACCAGCACCAACAGCAGAGCUUCCAGAAGGUGUGAAUAGCAGCAUCCUACCGGGAGCUACGGAAUCCACAUUUUUGGAGGAGUUGCCGCAGCUGGAGCAGCCGAAUGUGGAGCAAAGCACAACGGAGACGGGAGCGCCAACAGUAAAUAACUUCAGCAGCACAGAGCACAUCGAUGCGGCGGGCACGCUGCCCAACGAGGACAGCAGCUCGGGACGCAGUGGCAAGGACAAGACGCCCAUGUGCCUGGUCAACGAACUGGCCAGAUACAACAAGAUUACCCACCAGUACCGGCUGACGGGCGAACGGGGACCGGCCCACUGCAAGACAUUCACGGUCACCUUGAAGUUGGGCGAUGAGGAGUAUUCGGCGGACGGGUUCAAGAUAAAGAAGGCCCAGCACAUGGCCGCCUCCAGGGCCAUCGAGGAGACCAAGUACAAGCAUCCGCCUCCGAAGAUACGCCGCAGCGAAGCAGCCAGCACCACACGCACCAACAUCACACCCACCGUUGAGCUGAAUGCGCUGGCCAUGAAGCUGGGGCAGCGCACCUACUACCUGCUGGACCCCACACAGAUGCAGCCCACCGAUCUGCUAAUGCCGUCGGAGUUCGGAGGGGGCUCGCUUUUGCCCACACCACCGCCAGGGAUGCAGCAGCCCAUGCCUCAGCCACUGCCACCUCCCUUCGCCCUGCGCCCUGCACGACAUGGCCACAGUUUCGUGCCCAUUCCUUCCCCGCCCAUGCAUCCACAUGGUUUUUAUAAUCCCCAGCGGUCUUAUGGGCCCAAAUAUGCGUCACGGUAUACGAUGGUACCGCCGCUAGGCCCUCACAUGAUCCACGGGACAAAUACGCCCUACGCCCCGAUUCCACCCACGCUCAGCAAGAUCACCUUGUACGUGGGAAAGCAGAAAUUCGUGGGGAUCGGGCGCACGCUGCAGCAGGCCAAGCACGAUGCGGCGGCAAGGGCUCUGCAGGUGCUCAAGACGCAGGCCAGCUCAGCGUCAGAGGAGGCGCUCGACGACUCUAUGGACGAGGGCGACAAAAAGUCGCCCAUCUCUCAGGUGCACGAGAUCGGCAUCAAGCGCAACAUGACUGUUCACUUCAAGGUGCUGCGUGAGGAUGGACCGGCCCACAUGAAGAACUUCAUCACGGCCUGCGUCGUGGGUAGCAUCGUCACCGAGGGAGAGGGCAACGGCAAGAAGGUGUCGAAGAAGCGAUCCGCCGAAAAGAUGCUCACAGAACUGCAAAAGCUGCCGCCACUCACGCCCACCAAGCAGACGCCAGUAAGGCGCAUCAAGGUGAAGACGCCUGGCAAAAAUGGGUCGGUGAACGGCAAUGGAGGUGGCACAACCAUUUCGCUAUCGGACGUGGUCUCCAUGGCAAAGCCGGAACGGCGGAAGCGACUCAAUGUUGCCAUCAGGCCUGUGGAGCUGGACGAUGCCGAGAACCCCAUAACGAAGCUCAUCCAGCUGCAGCAGACGCGCAAGGAGAAGGAGCCCAUUUUCGAACUGAUAGCGAAGAACGGCAUCGAAGCCUCCAGGCGGCGCGAGUUCGUCAUGGAGGUGUCGGCCAGCGGAACCACAGCCCGAGGAACGGGCAACAGCAAGAAGCUGGCCAAGCGCAGUGCAGCGCAGGCCCUGUUAGAAUUACUGGAAUCGGAUGAGCAUAGGAACGCAGUCCAGGAGUCACAGGAGUCCACAAUCGAUAGCAAUCCAACAGAAAUAGCAACUGCCACAGCGACAUCAGCGCCAGUAAUUGAAACCAUUGCAGAAACGGAUAUUCCGAUGGUCUCAACGCCAGUGGGCCCCAUGCCAGGCAUCCUGAUUCUGCGUCAGCACAAGAGACCACCCAAAAGGAAAGUGGAUCCAAUGAUUAUUGUCAAGGACAGCGAAGAUACCAAGGAGGAGGAAGAGGAAGCCAACAAGGAGACAACGACCACAAGGACAGACGACAACAGCAGCAGCGAGCCACAACCCAAUGAGGCAGCCGCCGAAAGUACGCUGAAUACAUCGACGGCGAGCAACACGAGUGGCGUGAGCAGCAAUAGCAGCAAUACCGCUGCCAGCAGUAGUGCAUCCGCAGCCGUACACAUGAAGGAGCAGCUUCUGUACCUAAGCAAAUUAUUUGAAUUUGAGGUUAAUUUCUCGGACUAUCCCAAGGGAAACCACAACGAGUUCCUCACGAUUGUGACGCUCUCGACGAACCCGCCGCAGAUCUGCCAUGGCGUUGGCAAGAGCUCCGACGAGUCGCAGAACGACGCUGCGCGCAAUGCCUUAAAAAUCCUCAGCGAACUAGGCCUCAACAAUGCCAAAAAGUAACUCUAAUCAAUUUAAAUUCCCUUUUAACUGCAAUUUUUGUUGUUGCACAUAUGCAAGGAGAGAAGCAAAAGCAAGAGCAAAAAAACAAAAGAAAUACCCGUCCACAAAGCAAACCUAAACAAAAUCCAAAAACCAAGCUGUGUGCAAAUUCAAAAAAACAAAAAAAAAUGAGGAAAACGAGAAACAAUGCACGAAACCCUACCUUUUGAAAUAGCAAA